AGAAAAACUGGUGAUUCAUUGCUACAUGGCACGGAAGCCAGUCGAACGCAAACCUCUAUUCAGUUUAGAAAUGUUUGAAAUUAUAUAAAUUUGAGCAUUAUUUUUGGCGGGAGCAAAGUCGGUGUGUUACACUUUACUUUAUUAAACAGGGGAUGUAGUGUACUGCUGAACACUAUUAAUAAAAAAUACGAAGUUUCAUCAUACUGUGAAAGCCAUGACGUCCAACUACGUUCAUGGUGGUUCAGGAAUCCAGAACAGUAUGCUUUCGUACACUUUGAAAAAUCUGUCACUCGGGUCCAAUCAACUUACUCAGAUGAAUGAUCAAACUAACUCGAUGUGUAUGACUCCACCGGCUACACAAAUGAAUUUUCUUCGUCCUAUUCCUGGUGCAUCUAGUGAGGCUGUCUUCUCAAGCACACAUCGUCCAGCUUCUGGCCGUACGUUGGGGAUAGCGGAUUUCCUUUCGCUGAAUACCACUUCCACUAACAGACCCUCUGUAUUGUCCACUGUAUCUAUUUCGAAAGCAUCACCCGCCCCACAAAAUGGACAGUCGACGAGAGCUCCUGAAAGGGUGGCUUUAACAUCAAAAGCGGUAGUCCCGGGAAACCAUGGAUUUGCCAGUAUGUUCCGUCCCCGAGGUCCUGGUGUUUCUUCUUCUCGUGUCCUUUCCAACUUACCAGAUAGCCGGCAGAUCCCCUCAAACUCUGAGAUUUGUUCAUCCUUCUUCUCUAAUCGAUUUGGCGGCACAGCCAGCGACAGUCUUACAACGGAUAGAAUAAAUCAUCCAACCGUCACUCACUCUAACUCACCUACAUCUGCAUUUGACAAUAUGUUGACCUCUCCACAUUCGUUUGAAAAUUUUCUACCACCGAAUUUAAGACAGCUAACACAGCCUGGACAAUCUCAUAUACAAAAUUCAUCAGGUUCCUCACUAAACUCCUGUCAAUCUGACACUCCAUUGCCUCCCGAAAUGCGACCUGACACUCACCUCACCCCUUUCAGUGACUCCCAGUGUGUUCUUCCCAUUACUGCCUCUCAAUUCUAUUCCAGUCAUCAUUUUGAAAAUACUAAAAAACUCCAGGCCUCUGGUAGCCUUAAAGUCGCUCCUUGGAUUCUUGUCCCACCAGUUCCUGAGGGCACUGCAGCUCAUAUGAGAACAGGAAGAGUUCAUGAAGCUAAGCCAACCUUGUUCAACAACCCUGCAUUUGGUCCCAUCAUAAUUGAUGAUGACUUCAAGCACGCACUGCACAGUAAACUUCAAGCUUGCUUGUUCAUGGCUGAUGAGUCCAUAAAGGAAAAAUUACCUCGCAACCUAGGAGCUUACACUGACCUCGUUCCUCUAGAAAUUUUAGAUCAACCAAGAGUAUCAGUUACAUUUGGCCUUCCUGGAGUCUGUUUUAAAGCUUGGUCUCCUCGAUUUAGUCGAUAUAUGCUUCUUCGACGCAUAAUUUUACCACCCGAUCAUGAAGCAGCUUUAUCAUCUGAUGCUUUUUAUUUAGCUAAACAACUAUCUGAUUUAAAUCAUUCUGCUAUUGUUGGAUUUCGGGAUGUAUUUUUCACUGAUGCAUUUGCUGAUAACUCGGUUAUCCUGGUUUAUGAAUACAUACCUUGUUCAUCAACUCUACAACAAAUUCAUAUGAGUGAUCCAUUGAAAUUAACUAGUUUUACUUCGCCUUUCAGUAUUGGUCGUACAGUGUUACCUCAUAGUGCCAUAAAAAGUGCUCCAUCUGAUCUCGGAAUGCCUCAUGAGUCUGUUAUGUGGUCAUAUUUAAUUCAAUUAACCAGUGGUUUGCGUUUUAUUCACCAAACAUUUCACCGAUCAUGUGGUAUACUGGAUCCUACUAAAGUGUUAUUACAAGAUGGACCGCGUUUGCGAAUCAAUUGUUUUGGUUUAAAGGAUAUUCUGUUCUAUUCUGCACAAGAUACCAAUUUAGUAGAAAGUCAGGCAGCUGACUUUAUACAACUUGGCAAAUUAAUGAUAGGAGUUGCUUGUGGUACAGUUGCAGCUGUACAGGCUAGUCAACGGGCUUCUUCAUUCAACCUACUUCAGCGUGCAUAUCGACCAGAAUUAGUCACUCUUAUUCGAAGUUUAGUAUCAGGACAGAUAUCAGGAGCAGAUCAACUAAUGCGGGCUACUGCACCAUUUGCAUUCGAUCACUUAACAAGGUUAUAUGAUCAUUCAGAUCUCUUGGAAAGUCAAUUAUUAUUGGAACUGGAAUGUGACAGACUUUUCCGACUCAUCUGUAAACUUCAAUCUAUUGUGGAGCGUUGCGAGUGAGUGUGUUUUUUUAGCAGGUAGUUCGUUCAUUUUCUUUGGGUUGAAAUUAUUUCAACCGCUUUUAUAUUUUAAGUAAUUUUUACAGACACUUUUAAAAACAUUCUAAGGUCACCUUAUUUUAAUCCUACUUUAUGGUAUAGAUUAGUCGAUUGUGUUUAGGAUUUUGUUUGCAUCUUACGCUUAUUCUUUAUAACUGUAAUAAUUUAUCAUUAAAUCGCGGAUUAUUUUCUCACAAUUCUUCUUUUCCUAUAUUGGUAAAUUAUAAUUUGCAUUGGUUUUUCAUCACUUGUUCUGCUUAAUAAAUGCUGUUUUUGAGACGUAUUUUACAACGAACAUUAAUGUGUCUAUUCAGACAAAAGUCUAUUAAAUACUGUUUGUCAGUCAGCUACAACGUAGGACCAGGCACAUAUGUGCAUCGGUCCAGGUUGCCAUACCGCAAAAUACUGUUUGUUAUCCUACCUACCACAAUUGAUAACAAUUUCAGUAUUAUUUUAAAAAAAUUUCAAAAUGAUCCUAAGCAGUUUUAUUAUUCUAUAGUAAUUUGCCUAGUUGUGUUUACCUCGGAUCAAUCGGUAAUGCUACUCAUAUACUUGUUAAGAUUCACAAGAAUAUAUGCUACAUUACAUUAUGUAGAUUUUACCGCAUUAAUCAUUGUUUAAUUAUUGUUUUACAAUUUAUAACUAUUUCAUGUAAUAAUCCAUCAUAGUUAUUGUUUUGUAAUAAAAAAAAUACAGUAGGUAUUAUUUACUUGCAGAUUAAUUUUGUUUUAACAUAUCGUUCUACUUACAUUCUAUGUGUAAGUAAAUAUGUGAAUGUGUAUGUCAUGUGACAGUUUUGUCUGUCAGUACAUGUGUUGUACAAAAAAGUUUUGCAAAAGUUAUUAAUUAUGCUCUUUUAUUGAGGAAUAUCGAGUUAUCCAUUGUCUUGAAAAAGUCGAUAUUAGCCGUUGUUAAAUAUUAUAAUAUGCUCUUAUGUCAAAUUGGUCAAUUUUUUGUCGAGUUAUUAGUUAAUUGUUUAUUUUCCCUUCAUUUUUUCUGUAUUCUUCUGUGUUAUUGCUAUUCAUAUAAAAUGGUUUAGUUAUCUGUUAGGGACGAAAUCCAUUUAUUUAUAAGCUUUCAUUUCAUAUUUUCAACACAUAAGUUGUUUUCACCAGGCCAGAAGAUAAUUUUUUUGCAAAGGACGAAGAGAUUUAAUGCUACCCAAUUACCAAGUUCUGGGUCCGUGUAAGCGGUUACCAACCACAUUUUGAUAUGUAAACAAAUGAUACCACUAUAGGCUGACCAAAAAUGGUAAAUGGAACUAAAUUCGAACUUGUGACAAUGGUUGGAAGUUAAUUGCUUUCACUACUACUAAGCUGUCUCUCCAUUGAAAUAAUCCCCUACUGUGCAAGCGACUAAUAUUUCCUUCAAACUGAAAGAUAAUUAAUGUUAUUUUUAUUAAAAUAGUUUUGAACCUUUAAUCUGUUAAGCAUUGGAUCGUAGGUUUAUCUACAAUACACGCCUAUUUCAAGUGUGAGUAUUCAUAUAAUAUCAACAAAUGUCGAACAAAGUGACUUAUGGAUUUGGACUUGAUCGACAACCUGUAGUACAUGAAUAUUUAAAUCGACUUUUAUUGACCAUGUAUCCUUCGUUUGAUGAAUAUUCUGGAUAUUUAGUACCAAAUAUAGUCAUUUUGAAAUAGAAUUUUACAAUAAACUCGUAAUAUCGACUGAUCAUUAUCCAACUUUCAGUGUUUUUGUGGAUAAACAUUAUCUAGUUUUUAGUACGAAUCAUCCUAGAAAUAUCACUGCAACUUAAACAGGUAUAGAUUUUUUGAAUAAGUUUCCAGAUGAUGUGAAAACACUUUCUAAAUGAAAUCAAUACAAGUUAUUUCGGGACCUGCAAUCUUGUUUUAAAGUUGAUGGUUCAAUCCAACUCUGCAAACAUUAGGUAUACUCUUUAAACUGAUCAAGUACCUUUUUUCCCACAAAGUAUACAAUGUUAAAUUAAUAUGUUCUUUCUCAUAAUUCCUAUUUUUUGAGAUGCCAGAAAAUACGAUAGUCAGAUUCAGUUGAAUAUAUGUACUCAGAACCAACGUUAAUUUUUAUACCAAUUUUUCAGGAUUGUUGCAAGCUACCAUAAGUAAAUAAUAUUUCAUUUCCUAACUGUCUUAUAGUCAGGGUACUUCCCCAGAAUGGUCUGAAACAGGUGAUCGUUAUAUGUUGAAAUUAUUUCGAGAUUUCGUAUUUCACCAAUCUGAUCCUCUUGGUGCUCCAUACUUAGAUCUUGCACAUAUUAUUACUACAUUGAACAAGGUACGUUAUUUUUCAUCUGUUCAGUAGAAUUAUAGAUGAAACUACAUUUUUAGUCAGUAAAUGUAUGCUCUGCAAAUAAAUAAAUGUUAUUGAUAAAUAUUUUCGUUAAAAUUAUUGGGUUCAUUUUAGUGUAUCUGAUUCUUAAUCCAGUAUAUAUUUUAAUCUUCACAUUCAAUUAUAAUUCAAUUACGUAGAUGGUAAUUCAAACAUUUUAUUCUAAUUAACCAAAGGUUUGUGAAUCGAAGAUGUCUAUUUUUUUCCAAAAAAGAGUGUACUUUGUUCACAUUGUAAUGAUAUAAACAUUUUCUUCCUCUCUCUCUCUCUCUCCGUGACUCAAAUUUGUCAGUGUUUACAUGUGUUGAGUUAAAGUAGUUUUAUUUUUAUGUCACUUUGAUGACAUGCUAAACAAAAGCAUUUAGUUGGUAUACUGAUUUCUGUUUGAUGCUUUAUUUUAUUCAGUUGUAUAUCUCAUUUAUCGUUCACUCGAUUACUUUAUGAAGUUAAUCAACAAAUAAUAGCCAAUGGAUAAAUUAAAAUUCUUUAUAGAUUAUUAGAUGACAUUCUUUGGAGUGAUGUUAACCAAUAAUUUGUGUAAUACUCCUAAAUCAUGGUUUUGGUUGCCAGAAGUCUAGUUCUCAUUGUGCAUCAUCGUCGUUCACCUGUUAUUUGAUAAUUUACGCCAACUCAAUUGAUGGUUGUUAAUAAUAUUACAUAUUUUAAUUUCCCUGUUAUUCAGUGUAUGUUCACCUUAUGAAGUCUUUUUACUUUUUUUAAAAAUAUGUUUGACAUUUGAUUGUUUUUUUUCUAAAUCAUACUAUUUUAAUUCAGUGAAUAAACCACAUUAUUUUUGGGUUAAAUUUUCAUAUAAGUUUUACCUCAAAUAUUAAGUGAGAAAUAUUAAUAUACUGUAUUGAAAAUAGAAUGGAUUAGUAAAUUUGACCCAAUACCACUUGCAUCUUUAUUCGACUUGGAUUUUUUUUUCAUUGUAAUCACUAGAUAAUAACUUUUGUUGAUUUAUUUGUUCCAUUGCCCAAUCUAUUUUCCAUUAAUUUAUUAAAUGUAUUCUUUAUUUUCCAUUCAUUAUUCAUGUAAAGAGUUAAUCAAUUUCUAUUUCAGGUUGAAGCUGCUUCACCCGAACGUCUUUGUCUAGUCAGCCGUGAUAGUCAAAAUGUGAUUAUUGUCACCUAUGCAGAUAUUAAACAAUGGUUAGAUACAAGCUUUUCUUAUCUAGUGGACAAACACCGUCAGAGUCAGUGUGAACUACAAUUGACACGUCAACGAAAUGCUCGCCAACAACAACAGGAGAUCUCCAAUCCUGGAAGUCAACAAUGACUGGAAUAACCAUAAUUAUGAUUUCGUAAUUUUGGGCCAUACAAUCAUGCUCGGGGGCGAUGCAUAUGGCAUUACGUUCGAUAUAUAAUAUCACUUAUAUGUCCGUCUUCCGUUCUUUGCACUUGUGAAGCCUUGUGUCUAACAUUUUUCUCUAUUCUUCUAUCUAUCCAUUUACAUGUGUGGUAUCAUUUCUGCAGUAAAUUAAAAUGAUAUAUUUCUUUAUUCUGUCGAAACUCCAGAGUGCUAUUUUUUGUUUCCCAAGAAAAACUUCCUUCUCUACAUCAUCGGUUAUUAGCCCCUGCUCUCUUCACUCCUAUUUCAUGUACUGAAUUCACCAAUGAAUAUUCGUUUUGCGGCAAUGCAUGUAGUAUUAAUUUGUUGAAAGAUUGUUCACAUCAUCAUUACUGUUAUUUCAACUGUUAUUGUAUACUUGUUGUAUACUGUUGUUUAUCGAGAGUAAAUGACCUGUAUAUUCGUAUAUUGGUAAGAAUGAUAAGAGUGGCAAUCGCUAAAUAUCACUCAGACUUUAUUGAGUUUUUAAUGGAACUGAUAUUUUGUUGGUUAGUUGUUGUAUUACAUUGUUACUUUUCUCUCUCUUUGUACCUUUUCUUUUUUAAAAAUUGCUCUGUUUGUAAAUGAAAUCUUCACUUAUCGAUCAUAAAUUAUUCUUGUUUCGCAUUUCUAUUUACUAUUAUUAUUACUUCUGCUACUGUUUUUUUACAGUUCUCUUUAGUGCAAGAGUAUUUCUAAUAUCUUGGACAAAAGCAAUUACAAAACAAUGAUGAUGUAUGUGUACUUAUUGUUUCUAUGUAUGUAUUUUGUCAGUUAUUCUCUUAUCUUGAUAUAUAUAUAUCGAUACAAUAUCAGUCCGUUUCAAUUAUCUCAGCUAUGUUUAUUUUUUUCUGCAAAUUGAAUGUAGAACAGACAAAGAGAGAAAGAGAUAUACAUUCGUUCAUUACGAUGAAAUAGUAUUUCUAAUAAAAAAAGAAAGAAUCAUAAUUUAAAUAGCAGACAAAAGAUGAAAUGCUUCCACUUCUCUUCACUUUUUUCCCGAUUCUUUACUUUUAUACUUUUAUUUUUCACGAAAUCUUUUUUCCAGUCUGUCUUAUAUUCCUUUCUGUUUCAAUUCUUUCCUUCGAAAAAACCUGAUUAUUUUUGAAUUGUCAUUACUGUUGUUUAGGUCGGAUGAUAUUUUUGUCUCUUCCUUUUUUUGUAAAAUUGUAUUUAUCAUCAGUAAAAUAUUUCAUCCUUCAAUUAAAUGUUUAUUUAAUCAUACUGAGUAAAUAUUUAUUCAAUAAACCGGAUUAAAUACCAUAAAAGCGUAUAGAAAAU